AUGUCCAUGUCUCAAUCAACAAUCAAAGUAUCACUUUUAUCCAUUGACAAGUCAAAGAGGGCCAGCAAGAUGGAAGUACUUCAAGUACCUAAGGGUCCAGUUGCCCCUUCAGACUUAGUGGCCCUUUGCAGCCGAUACCGAACUGCUCGGCUGAGAGCUCUGAAGACAUACCCAGAGGCGUUCAGCUCCAAAUAUGAACGUGAGAGCGCCUUCACAGACGAACAAUGGGCCCAAAGACUUCAGAACCCAAUGUCAAGAACCUUUGUUGCCGUCUGCAUUGAUCAUGACACAGAAACUCCGUCCAAUGUAGAGGAUGUGGAAAAGCUAAAGAGCAAUGAAUGGUUGGGCAUGGUUGUCCUGCUGGGCCCUAAAGUGGUUGGAUCAAGUAUGAAAUAUGCCUGGGACCCGUUUCUGUCCAUGGCCUGGAUGCAGCCUGAUGAUGAGCGCGACUUUAACGAUGCCGAAGCCGCGACAUUUGCAGUCUCUAUGUUUGUUUUACCGGAGGCGGCUAGGCGUGGUGUUGGGAAGAUGCUGGUUUCGAGGAUGAUGGACUCUGCGAAGGAGGAUGGCCAGAGGAAAUCGAUUGGCAAGCUACAUGUCAGUCUGAUAGUCGAGAGGGAUAACGAUGCCGCUAUCCGGCUGUAUGAGAGAUGCGGCUUCGCUCAUGUUGAAGCUGGGCCUGAUCUCGAUGGUGGGGCUGGCUUAUCUACACGUGACUUUAUCAACCCUAAUCCAAUGUGGCUAGCGCUUAGGGCUUCCCACAUUUCGAGGAGCAAAAGACCAGAAGAAGUAAAAAGCGACUUCGAGAUUGGAAAAAAAACUUCUGGUCGACAACGCGCAAAUCCUCACCAUAAGAAUUCUUUCAAGUAUUCUUCUGGAAGACUGUUCUCAUCAUGUCUAAAAUCACAGUCGCAGCUCCUGGACUACUCUCAAAAUGAAAAGAAGAGAAACUUCGUUGAGACCGUCGAGCUCCAGAUCGGCUUGAAGAACUAUGACCCUCAACGUGACAAGCGUUUCUCCGGCACUAUCAAGCUGCCAACCGUCCCUCGCCCAAGAAUGAGCAUCUGUGUUCUUGGUGACCAGCACGAUAUCGACCGUGCUAAACAUCUCGGCGUCGAUGCCAUGUCCUCCGAUGAUCUGAAGAAGCUCAACAAGAACAAGAAGCUCAUUAAGAAGCUCGCUCGCAAGUACGAUGCUUUCCUUGCUUCCGAUGCCCUUGUCCGACAGAUUCCCCGUCUCUUGGGUCCCGGUCUCUCCAAGGGUGAGUACUCCCAUAUUAGAAUCUUCAGGUAUGAAGACAGAUCAACUAACUUGACAACAGCUGGUAAAUUCCCUACCCCCGUCUCCCACAACGAAGAUCUCUCCAACAAGAUGAACGACGUCAAGUCCACCAUCAAGUUCCAGCUUAAGAAGGAGCUUUGCUUGGGUGUUGCUGUUGGCAACGUUGGUAUGACUGAGGAUGAGCUUAUUGCUAAUAUCAUGUUGGCUAUCAACUACCUCGUCUCCCUGCUCAAGAAGGGCUGGCAGAACGUUGGAAGUCUUACUAUUAAGGCUUCCAUGUCCCCACCAAAGAGAGUGUACUAA